UACAUAAAAGACAAGGGACAAAAAAAGGGAGAAAUAAGGGGAUAAGUACCAUACAUUUAUGGGGAAACAAUACUAAAAUAAAUAAAGGGAAAAAAGAGAGAAAGCUGAUUAAACUUGACCAUCAGAGCCAUCACAAAAGAACUGAUCACAUUUUGCAUUACUAGUUAACCUAAAAGAUUUAAGCAGUGAGUCUAAUUCAAUCAAAAAAUGUGCGAGAGUAGGAAGUGAGCUCAUAAAUUUCUGUUUGUGGAUGAAAAAUUUGGCAAGCAAAAUAUUUUUUUUUUAAAUAUAUUCUUUAGAUUCAGUGUAAUAAAAAAUAAUAUCUUUCAAAUCAAAAGAUUGUGUAUUAAUGGGGGUAUUAUUUAAAUGGGAGUAUAAGUUAGACCAAAACUUUUGAACCAAUUCACACGAAUAGAAUAAAUAUAUCAAUGUUUCGUCUUCAUGACCACAAAAUGAGCAAGUACUAGGAAUAUCAACAUAUUUGGAUAUUGUUGAAUUAGCCGAGUAUAUCUUAUGCAGUAUUUUAAAGUGGACUUCUUUAGUCUUAUUAGGAAUAAAAUAUUUAUAGGCUAACAACCAUGCUUUUCCCCAGUUGAUAUUAUAAAUUAGGGCAGCCCAAUGAGAUCUGCCUCAAAAGUCUUUUCAUUUAAAAUCUGUUUGCGUAUGUAUGACACAUGAACUGCAGAUCUGUAGCUGCAUUGGAUAGACAAUGGCCGCUUGAAAUGAGCGGCGUUCAUUUUGCUUAAACCCAUCUUUUUGAGUUGGAUAUCAGCAGGAAGUGAACCUGAACACAAAUUUCGACUUUCGUUUUGAAGUUGCCUUCAUUAUAAAGAUAUAUCGCUGCGUCCUUUGAAUGGGAUAUCAAUUCAAGUUGGAGUAUUUUUGAAUGAUAAGAACUUAGACUUUUUGAUAAAUAAUCCGAUUUUUUUACAUAAACAUUUUAUUCAUAGACGCAACUAUUUAAAGGUUAAAACGCCCCAUUUAAACGGAUGGAAGAAUCAUCUGAGGCUAUUUGCAAAAUCUCUUCAAUGCAUGACAGAAACGCCUUGAAACUCCUCUCUUCUUUGGACUAGUUUUUGUUUCUCGAUUAAGAUCCUCUCCCUUUCUGAAAUGGUGUCAACAAGUGAAGUGUUUUGUCUGUUUUUGGUCGCGAUCUUGUGGGGAGGAACAAACCCCUUCCUGAAAAAAGGCACAGAGGGCAUUGAAGGGGUUCAGAGGGACAACAGACUCCUCCAGUUUCUGGCUGAGGUCAAAUUCCUGUUUCUCAAUUUCAAGUAUUUGGUGCCAUUCCUGUUGAACCAAAGUGGAUCAUUAAUGUUCUACUUCACUCUUGCUUCUACGGAUCUAUCUCUGGCUGUGCCCAUGGUGAAUUCCCUCACAUUUCUGUUCACAUUACUAAUGGGUAAACUGCUUGGAGAAGAGUUUGGAGGAAAGAGAGCUCUGCUGGGAAUGUUACUCAUCAUGUCUGGAGUGACUGUGUGCAUCCUGAGUUCUGUCUCUGAGACGGACGGCACAGGGCUCCGCAACACAAGUGACCACUAAAACAUGCCACUGAAGGCGAUUGAGGAGAAAGCUUGGACCGUGGAUCUACUCCAGCAGUUGUGAAACAUAUUCACCUAAUUGAAAACUGACACAAUAUCUGUGCUGCUUCUUUUUCUGUAUAUGCUGUGAACUUUUACCAGGAGAAAACAAUGUAUAACUUUAAAACUGUGUUGGUGAAAUCCAAAUGUUUUGCACUUUAAUUGCAACUAUGGAAAGAGUCACUUUUAAGUGUAUGUGGAUUGUGGAACAUGGAAAAUAUUUGUAAAUGUUGUAUUUUUAACUGAAGUUUAUAUGGAUUUUAUUAAUAAUGUGAAAGUGCCCAUUAUUUAAAUACCUUUAUUUUAAAUGUCUUUUACAUUGAGGUCUUAUUUUGUUAGAAGAAAUAAAAAAAAGCAUAUUUUUCAAUGAA